GAAAGAAGAGGUGGAGGUGAGAGGAACAGCUGAUGGAGGAAGAACCUGGGAGUCAAGAACGACAGCGGUUCGUAGCGUCUCAUUUGCCGGCUCUGUACAGAGAGGCGGGAUUUCCUGGAUGGGCGAUGACGUAAAGGCCCCUCUGAGAGGCCUAGGGUUGUCCUCUCUGUGCCUGCUGGAAAAAAGAGCUCUGGUCAGUGCAGUCAGUGUGGCAGUGGAGGCCAUUUUGGCUCAGUUCAGCUCCUCACGGACCCUGGUGCAGAAGUCUGCCUCCAUUAACAAGGCUCUAUCAGGAGACAGCAGUGUGAAUCCGUCUCUGGGCCGGCUGGUGCUGCAGUGUUUGUGCCCCGCCCUGCGGAGCCUGCUCUCCGAUGGCCUCAAGCCCCACCAGAGUGAUUUGAUCUUGGGCAGGAGGCCAAACUCAGCCUGGGGACUGGUCCAGGCCUCCACCAGGCCAGGUAGGAACUCUGGAGCGCAGUACAGAGGUGGGUUACAAGAGAGCAUAGACAGCAUAAUGUGUUGUGGUGACGUUCUACCGGCCCCAUCCUCCUUCAUGCGUUUGUCAUUGACUUCCUGCCAGCCUCUGUUUGAGGAGCUCCUCCUCCUGCUGCAGCCCCUCAGUCUCCUGACCCUUAACCUCGACCUGCUCUUCCAGCACCACCACCUGGAUCCAGCCAAUCACAGCCCAGAGAUCCCCAGCCCAUCCAAUCAGGACCUGGGGUUCAGGCUCUCGCCCCGGGGGUCCGCAUCCCAAGGCAGUGGCAGCAGCUAUCUCGAGAGCCUAUCAGAGCUGGACUUUGGGAGAGCAGAACCCGAGGCGACCAAUCAUAAUGCGGGCUCGUCGUCCCUGGCCAACUCAGGGGUGGGAGGGUUGGUGGAGUCACUAAAGCCAGCGAGUCUCAGUGUGGGGCCUGCAAAGGUCUCUGGGCGUCUUGCGGAGACAAGUCCUCAGCUGAUGUGGGUUCAGGAGAAAGAAAUUAGGGAGCUAGCACCUCCUAAUGUUGGGGAGGCCAGUCUCUCCCAACAGGCAGGACAGGUGAUCCAGCAGGGAUGGGGGGCUGUGGUACGCUGGGGGGCAAGCUGGGCCAGAACCUGGCUGAACUCAGCCUGUCUGCAGUACAGAACCAGGAGGGGAUCCAGAGACCCCCCAGAGCCCCAGACCAGUACCCAGGCCAGGAGUGACCCUCAUCAGGUCGAUGGAGCUUUGGCGGUCCCCUGGGGUUUGGGACGGCUGUUUGGAGCCUCCAAUAACUCCACGAUACCCACACUUCCAACCAGACGUCCGUCUCAGUGGUUGUCUCCAGGGGUGUCUGUUCUGACCCGGAUGGUGAGCAGCAGUUCCAGCGCUAACCAGAGGAGGGCGCUGGAGCCCCAGCAGGUAGAAGAGGUGUUAGAGAGAGAGAUGGAGGAGACAUGGGACAACCCAAGACCCCUCAGGUCAGUCAGAACACUAUGCGACCACUCUGGCACAGGGGCGGAGCUAAGCUUCCAGAAAGGGGAGGAGUUAGUGGUUUUAGGGGGUGUCGAUCAGGACUGGAUUCGCUGUCGACAGGGAGACCGAGAGGGGCUCGUACCCAUUGGCUACGCCUCACUGAUCCUGUGAUUUCAGACACCUGAUCAGAAUUUUGAUUGUUUGAAUAUAUCUGGGGGAGGGAAAAUGAAGUCAUAAAGCUAUAAUGUAUUUAGGCAACCAUAGAGAGGCUGUGGUGAAGUCCCAAUGCUCUCAGAGAAAUAGUUCACCCCUGAAUCUAAGUUCAAAUCACAUGUUUAUAUCUCUAAAGUGGUCCAAAGUCGUAUGUCAGGGUUCCCCAACUGGCGGCCCAUGAUUUAGUUGGCCCCCAAGUUUUCUGAGCAAAGGGUUUGGGUUACUUGUUGGACAUAAAAUACUAACAUCAG